AUGUCAAACACCGAAACUUCAGUCUCCAGCCCGGCGCCUGUUAAACCCCGAUCGAAGCCGCCGAGUUUACUGGCAUGCAUUCCAUGCCGAAAAAGCCACUUAAAAUGUGACGGCCAGAAGCCGCUGUGUAGCAGAUGUGCUGACCGGAAGGGACACUGCUUCUGGGUUGAAUCUCGUCGCGGCUAUCGCGAGUUUCGCAAAUCGCACAACGCCGCUGAGGACAAAGCCGAGCAACGCGUCAAUUCUGGCGAAACCGCUCAACGACAGCGGUCCAUUUCCACACCUGCUGAAAAUGGCCCUCAGCUCUUCGAAGACGCUGCCUUUACCCAGGCAGGUGCUCUUGCGUACCAGGAGCUCUGCGCCGUGGAACCAGCACUAACGGCGGAGCCCUUGAGUUAUGAAACCCAAGUAAUGAGUCUGGAGCAAAUUCAGAAGUCCAGCCCGAGCAAUCACAGCACCUCCACCACAUCGAUACCCAGAGAUCACGAUCUAGCGAUGGUAGGCAAGGCUGAGGAGGCUGAGGGCACCGACCUCAUCGAACUUUUCUACAAGCAUUUUUACCCUGCUCAUCCCUUUACAAUUCCCAGGAAGAUGUUUCUUCAAGACCCGUCAUGCAUGCCUCACGCCCUACGGGCAGUCAUCCGAUAUCUGGCCAGUCACUAUCUUCCUCAGGCGAACCGUUCUGCAUUGUCUAAUGCCGCGAGGGUCAUCUUCUCAGACGAAAUCCCUGAUGAUGGUUACAAGGUCCAGGGUCUUAUCCUCUCUGCCUUUGUCAACUACGCCCGCUUUGAUCAAGAAGGAGGAUCGGCCGCCUUGAACAAGGCGAUCGAGACCGCAAUACGACUUGGCAUGCAGCACGCGACUUUUGCUAUCCAGCACGGAAAAGGCAAUCCCGUCCUGGAAGAGUCCUGGCGCCGCACGUGGUGGACAUUGAUGACUAUCGAAGGGGUCGUCGCGGUCAUUGGCGGCCACUUGCCAUUCAGGACAUACUCGACACCGGCAGACGUGCCACUGCCGGGACACGAUGAAGACUAUAACGAACUGCGACCGUCCCCCUUGCUCCGGACGUUCGCGGAUCUGCGCAAUCGGGCCGUCGCCGAAGACACGUUCGAAUACUCCACGUUAGCUUACACCGUUGAAGCCACUUAUAUCCUCGGAUCGGUGUUGGCCUUGGGUGCAGACACAUUCGCCGUGACAGAUCCGCAAGUCGAGGCGAUCGAUGCAAGCAUAUCCAAUUUCUUCUUGUCGCUACCACCCUCGAAACGAGAAGUCAUCCGAUAUGACGGGACUGUCGACGAAGCCCUUGUUGUCACACAUCUCAUCAUCAAUUGGGCUGCCAUUAGUCUACACCGACCGCGUUCGACACUCACGUUCAUCCGCAAUCACUACCGGACUACGUGUACCAAAGCCGAGGCGGCUGGUCUGCCUGCCCUUACAUACGCAUCGCAUACGGCCAAAGCGCUGCGCUCUGCCAAUAAUCUCACAGACCUGGCCUCCGUUCAACGCCCGCUAAGCUACGCAACCCCGUGGCUUGUGUGUGCAUUGACCGCUGGCGCGACAGUCCUGCUGCCUGCUUAUGCCGUGGUGGACCGGUCUGAUCAGGCGUUGGCAAUCAAGGAGCGCCUGCAUUUGAUUCUUUCGGCCCUAGGGUCAUUUGGCCACAUUUGGCCUCGUGCAAUAGUGGCCAGAAGCCAGGUGGCCAAAUUUGCACGCGAAGUCUUGACCGCACCGACCACAUGCUUCGAUAGCACACCGCCCACCGCCCUUGCUCCUCUCGAGUCAGACGGUACGGCACAGCUCGAAUACACGCAGUCCUUCAACAACGACUCGUGGAUCGAGCAGUUGCUCCGUGCAGAGCCAGGGAUGGAAGAUCCACUUUCAUCGUUAUCAUGUGGAGCGAUGGGAAGCUUGUCAGCCACACCAGCUCAGGCCCAAGGAGCGUGA